AUGGAGCUUAAAGUUAGUGUGGAUGGUGUUGAACGUUGCAUCUCCGGCUUAACCGAAGACACAACAUGUGCGCAAAUCAUUUACGCAUUAGCCCAUGCCACCGGACAGAAAGGUCGAUUCGUUCUAGUGGAGAAAUAUCGAAAUAUCGAGCGAAGCUUGGCGCCGACAGAUAAACCUUUGGAAAUGCUAAAGAAGUGGAGUGAGCAUUCACAGUUUGUGAACUUUGUGUUAAAACGUCUUGAUGCUCCAUCGUCUUCGAAUAAUAACGAGAGUUUUUCAUUGAAAUCUGCUUCUGAUAUGUCGUAUCAGAACCUUUAUAGUGACUCACUUGACGCCGCUCCACAACACUUCUAUUCCACAUCGGCUAUGCCUCAUACUAGCUCUUCAAAAGUUCGUCCACCGCCUCCAGGUUCUUUUGCUUUUCAUUUUUCUCUUCUUCUUUAG